AUGGCCAGAGAAUGCCCUGGGGAGCCAGCAGUGGCAGGCAGGCUACGGCGGGGGUUCCCCGCCGCAGGUGCUGCUGCUGCUGCUGCUGCUGCUGCUGCAGCCGACACAGCUGGCGCCGACGCUACUGCCGCCUGUUGCGCGCCGCCUGAAUUAAUUUCCGGCCCGCCACUGCCGCUGCCGCCGUCGCCGACCGAACGGCCCCCUGCAGUCGCCGCCUCGGCAGCACAAGUUGAGUCCACCCACUGCACCGUUACCAAUCCAGCAGCUCUGCUCCGAAUUUAUUGUCAGUACAAGGCACUGCAGCCGGCGGCCAGCGGCGCAUCCCCUGGCCCAGCGCUGCCCUCGCUUGCCCCUCCCCGACCUGAGCCCGGCGCGCGCUAUUAUUGUGUGGCCUCCGACAGCAGCGAGGGUCAGUGCUGUGCGGUGCGGUGCGGCGAGGUCCAGGCCAGUGCAGCAGCGCCGGCAGUAUCGACGGCCGGCGGCGGCGGCGACAGCGCGACACGGAACGCCACUCGGCGCCAGCAUCCAUCAAACGCGGCGGCCGGCCGCGCAUAA